GUUCCUCAUUACCUUUUCUACUCCUAACCACUUUAUACUUUUGAGUAUCUACCAGUGCUCCUCAAACGAAUCUUCCACAAUCUAUCUAUUUAUCUAUCAUUUGUAUUCAUCAUGUACCUUUCUAUUUUGGACUCGCAUUUGCCUAGGAUCCUCCCCAUGGAUGCCACUAAAGUCACUACAGAGUCUAUCGGUCCUAUAUCGACAAUUACGGACUAUAAGAAUAUUGAACGCUUCGUCAAAACUUAUCCACACCGCGCAAAGGACCUCCCGGAUCUUGCCUUCUCAGUCCUGCUGAUGGAGUGCUUUGUUGAGUGUGCCUGUGUGGAUGACGGUUGUCCACGAAGCCAUGAACGCCGCUGGGUUACCAACAUCGAGUUUAUUAUUUUCCAUGGCAAGCUCCACUUGAUCAAGGAAUUCAGACUGAUAGCCGAAUCAGUCUACUGGAAACCAUUGGGGCUCAGCGUAGAACUGAAGCGGCUGGCGCGUCAUAUCGGCAGGUCGCUACCGAAUGUGAAUCGCAUUUUAUUCCUUGGAGUCGGGCUACUCGAAUUGGGCAGUGGUGACAAGUUCGUUGGCAAUAGGGAUCCUAAAGAUACCAAAAGGUGGAUCUACAUACUAUUCCCGCGGGUUAGUGACGUCAGAUAUUUUACUAAAUCUGUGUGGGGACCAUCACCAGGCUACAUAACAGCACCUACUGACACGAAUCCGCUAUAUAAUCUGACGUUUUCAGCGUAUUUUAGCCAGCUGGAGCAUGUUCAGCUGCACAUUCCCGUCUCUCUGGACUUGAGCCAGUUUUGUGUGAACCUCACGUCGCUUUCUAUCAACCUCGAAUAUGUUCGCUGCCACAAGAAACUGCCAGCGAUACCAGUCCGUCGCCUGAAGGUUCUACAUAUCUGGCAGAUUGAUGACAUAGUUCCUUGGGACAUAUUUGAAUUGAGCGGCCGUGAGUUGUUGUUCGAUACGCUGGACGAGCUCACUCUUGAAUUUAUCGUGCCGAUUACAAACCAAGUGCCAUUUCCUGGAGUUUCGUUUGACAUCCGUUUCCCGGUACUCAGCGUCCUACGCGUCUACAAUUCGACAUUUGUAUACGGUGAUAUUUUUACGCAUUUCCUUGACAGCGCGCUCAGUGAGCUAAGAAUCAUGGACGAUCAGUGGGAGUUUGUUGAUAUUGACUGGCGAAUUCUGAACAGCAUACAGCGUCUGACAGUUCAGCAUCCUACCGGUGAGACAGCUCGGGCCUGGUACGCAUCUGUAAUCAUUCAAUCCCUGUUCGAUCAGCCAUCCAGCAUGACGGAAGCCUAUCUCAUAGGACAUGUGCCCUACAUGUUGCCAGUCAAUAUUGCGUGGCAUAACCUGGCCAAGCUCCAGCUGUUUGUGACACAUGCUGACAAGGAUGGAAUCGCCAACAUGGUGGCACAGCUCCCAGUUCUUGAAGAGCUCGCGAUUGAAUGCGAAUCAAUGUAUCUCAAUGACGUUGGCUCGUCGAUAUAUCCUGACCAACGGGGCACAGCUGAAGGUCUUGCCAUAGUCGUUGAUGAAGAAGAUGACUCGCCUAUCAGUGAUACACUCAAGUGCUUCAAGGUACAGACACAGCGAGAAUUCGAUAUAUAUGGUUUCUGUGAUCUGGUUUGCCGCUUCCCUGCUGUCAGUGUUGCAGUAGUCAUAAGCUAUUAUGUCGAAAGUGUUGAGAAUAUGCUCAAUUGGCAUUACCAAGGAGGGCGACAGAUCAGUAUUCAGCCAUAUCCUGAGCAAUGACACCGUAGCUUUCUUGUCAUUUCAUAUCUAUUAGCAUCAGUAUCUCAGCUAUAUGCAACAAUCAGAAAACGCCCCAUACCCACAUGUGGAAGUUGCGAGAUUACAGCCUCGAGUAACCGUUGUUAUGCGGUUCAUUUUGUUUUGGAUAGUGGCUAUCUGAAUCAACUAAGCCACAUGUAGAGCAUAGGCAGAUUUUUUGACCGGAGAUUGGCACCCGACGCUCACAAGCUCGAAUAAAUGUCUGGUUGACCAGUUCGAACAGAACAAUAAGCACUAAAAACGGUGGUUAUAUGCAACUGAUUUUAAACGAGACAAUACUCUGCCCACCAAGCAGCUGGGGUAGGCGUUCGUCUGUACUGUGAUGCACUCCAAAAUGCUGUAUAAGGGAAACUUCAACAGAAAAUGGCAGUACCUUGCUCGGAAGAUUUAUGCACUUUGUGCAUUAAAAUAUCCGAACACUCGAUCUGGGCGGAUACUCGUGGAGAG